CCCUCUGCCUCUGCGUCUUUUUGAUCGCUACAUGGAUCCUAACUUUGCCUCGCCCUAUUCUGCCGCCCAUGACUCUCCUCCUCCUCCUUGGACCCUAUGUUCUCCGGCGUCAGCCUUCAGUCCAUUCUCAGCCUCAACCCCUCCGUCUUCUCUGACUACGCCGCCAGCAAUGGCCUCCCUGGUCUCGCCUUCCUACCGGAUGAUUCCCUGUCUCUGAAUCUUCCAGGCACAGUCACCCAGGACUUCAACACUGAACACCACAUUCCAGAGACAAGGGAGCCUACUAUCAUUCCCAAGUCUGAGCCCGGUCUCUUCGAAUACGUUGCUCUCUCCGGGACCACUACUCACCCCUUCGACUUCUUCUCCAGUCACUGCCCUCCCAGCUUCUACGAUUCAUCAACCUCCAUCCUGCUCCCUCAGCUCCAUUCCGUCGAGUCCUUUUCUCACAAACGUCCCCGCUUCGACUCCCUCAUUUCUACUCCCAACACCGUGCCGCCGCCGGCGCAACACCACCCCGACCCUGCCACCGUAGGAAAUAACCUCUUGGCCGUCGCGCCUUCGCUUAACACCCAACCUUCCUCUUCUUCGUUGGAUGGCCCCGCCGGUGAAAAAUCCUCUCCGGUGAUCCCUCAAAGCAACCUGGCACGUCAGCGGCGGCAGAAGCUGAGCGACAAGACUCGGUGCUUGCAGAAAUUGAUGCCGUGGGACAAGAAGAUGGACCAAGCCACGCUCCUGGAGGAGGCGUACAAGUACGUCAAAUUUCUGCAGGCUCAGUUCAAUGCCCUCCAAUGCAUGCCCCCCGAUUCGCCCUUCCUGUCCCUCCGUGGCGCUUCGCAUUCCCAAUCCUCCCUUCUAAACGGUGACGUUUUUGGGGAUUUAGAGAGGUUGAAUCGAAACCAGGUGUUGCAGGUGCUGGUGAACUCGCCCGUUGCUCAAACAAGGCUUUACUCCCAAGGCUUCUGCGUGCUGUCCGUGGAACAGUUAACUUUGCUGAGCAGCAUGGCAGGGAGGAGGCUUCUUCUGCCGCAGAUGAUGUCCGAUAACGCUUCGUCAAAAUCCUUCUUUAAGUGACGCUUGCCUCUAUAGGUCGAGGGAAUGCUUCCCUCACCGGCGGCUGGUGGAGCGUGUGCUAAACGCGCUUCCUUGGAAUGCUCACUGUUAGGCUUAGUUCACAAUGGCCCCUAGGCUCUAGGUGUUUAAUUCCCAAUUAUAUAUAUGAUUUUGUUCUAUUUUCCCUUUACUUUUUGAACCUGUUCUGCAUAUAACGUACGUGUAUGCGCAUCUAUAGCUUCCAAGGGUUACUACAGAACACGUGUUUGAGCGUUUUACGGUUACAAAUUCAAAUCUCUUUGAUUCCCCUUCCUGCGCAUCACAUUGUUCGAGUUAUGGGUUCUUGGUAUGGUGUGUAUACUUCUUGUCACACUGACUGUUGGCGAAGGCGUUUCCUUUGAAAACCAUUUUCUUAGUUUGGUGUUUACUCUUAGGGCUCUACAAUUAUUAUGUCACUCUCCGAGAGUGUUCGCUUCUUCAUGCAUCUCUCUCUACAUGAUUAUGAUUCUUUAAAACUAGCCAGACGCUAGCUACAAGCCAGAACGUCGUUUUGUUUGUGCGCAAACGAUUCCAAAACAGAUGACGCUGG